AUGAUUAAACGUAGCUAUCGCAAACCCCCCAGCAAUACCAUGCGAUAUCACCAUGUUUUUUCUGCUUCUCCUUUACGUAGUGUGAUUAGACAGAUAAGUGGAGAAUUAAACUAUCAAAUCUCCCCAUCUAUCUAUCUAUCUAUCUAUCCUCCCUUCUUUUUUCUUUAUCUAUCUAUUCAUUCAUUCAUCUAUCUAUCUAUCUAUCUAUCUGUCGGACUCUGUCUAUCUAUCUAUGAACAGACUCUAUCUAUCUAUCUAUCUAUCUAUCUAUCUCAAAUUGAAAAAAAAACAAUGAAAAGGAGAAAUAAGCAUGACAUUGUACACCGUUAUCGCUUCCUCUAUUUUUUUUUCCCUUCUUUUUCACUUUCUUUCUUUUUCUCUUUCUUUCUUUUUCUCUUUCUUUCUUUUUCUCUUUCUUACUCUCUUUCUUUCUCUCUUUCUUUCUUUCUUUCUUUCUUUCUUUCUUAUCUUGUAUGCUUCCGUCAUUCCCUUUACCAAAAUAAGUAUUCUUUCUUUUUUCUUUCUUUCUUUCUUCUUCUUCAUAUUAUUAUUAUUAUUAUUUAUACUUUCUUUACCUCAGUUGUUGAAACGCAUUGA